CAUUUUUCUUUCUUCACUCACCGCAUUCACAAUUCUGCCAGUCUUUAUCAUUUAUCCAUCAUCGCGCCGAGUCACGAAAUUGCGAAUUCAACAAGAUGGGUCGCCGACCUAAUCCUUUAAUCCUCGAGUAUUUUGAGCGUGGUGAGAAGCUCAAGGAUAAUAGUAAUAGGUAUCAUCAUCGCUGCAAGGCUUGCGGCGAGGACUUCCCGAAAGGUCGAAUUGACAGUCUUACGGCUCACUUGACUAAAAAAUGUCCUGCCAUCCCCGAAGCCGACCGAGUCAAUGCUCUGUUGUCGCUGAAUGGAUAUAACGGCGACUCGAGCGGUCGUACUAACGGCGUGUCUCAUCGCGCCCAGUCUCAACCUCAACACCAGUCCCAAUCUCAAUCUCAAUACGACAGUCUCAUCCAUUCGAGUCCGAAUCCCGCUCCUUCACCUACUCCUGCCGCCGUUCCUAAUCUCAACUCUCUCCCGGCUCCCUCUAUCGACCAAAGCCAGAGUCAAAUAUGGACUCCCCUAGAAACUCUUGCCGAAGUCUCGCGACAAAUCGAGGCCAAUGAGAAGCACGAUGAUCCUACACCGACCACCCAAGAGCCCGUGUCGGCGGCUGUACACGCCGUCCGAACCACCCUUGCCGCCGCCGUUCCACCUAGAACCAACUCGAACCCAUUCGAGUUACACGAGCAAUUCUCCCUCGAGAAUCCACCCAUGGGCUUCAAUAAUACUACGCAUCGCGAUAAUGAGGGUACGGAUGCGUCGCAAAAGUCACCCGAAUUGCCCCACAGCGAACUCACACACGACGAGGAGCGACUCAGGCAGUUUUUACAGAGCACGAGCGCCGGAUCGCCCACCCAGUCGACAUUGUCUGUUGCCGCCGCUGCGACCGCACGCCUCAAUCCUUCACUUCUAGACCCUCAACUUCUCACAGACGAGGCGGUUCCCGAAACUAGCCAUCAUCAGAAUCAAUCCACUGAGAUGAUGAUUAACUACCCUCCUUCGCCCGAGAGACAACAUGUACCGGCUACUACAAAUGGAUCUUCCACUCCUUGGGAUGGCAUGACGUACAUCCCUGACGAUAUCCACGCUCCAGCAACCGUCAAUGAUCAUGGUCAACACUUAGCCGCGACUUUGAAUAGAGGUGGACUUCGCAUGGACACAAGCAAUGGCGUCAAUGGUGCCCGUCACCGACACAGUCGAGCGCGCUUUGACUCCCGUCGGCGAAAGGAGGUUCAGGAAGUCCGUCGCAUUGGAGCGUGCAUUCGAUGCCGAAUUUUACGAAAGACGUGCUCUAACAGCACACCUUGCGACGCUUGCAAGAAGGUUUUAUCUCCCCGAGUAUGGCAUACUGGAUGUGUACGAACGAGGCUUUCUGAGUACAUCGACCUCUAUUCAGCUGGUGUCCAGGCUGUGAUGGCUCAGAAACGAAUCAACCGUUGUAAGACAACGCACCACCUAGAGAAUACUGGUGUAACAGUUGAAGUUUCUCAUUUUCCCGAGACGGGCCCCAAGGCUGUAUUCCAGGUCUUAAAUGGAACACCGAAAGAAGGUGAUGAAAUUCUGCCUGACAGCCUUAGUCGAGUCGUCCUUCUCGAUAGUAAUAGCGAGGACAUUCCGACCAAGGUAGAACAGUACAUGCGCCAAGCUCUUUUGGAGUUGAUUCGCUGUGAACCCUCCCACUACGUCCGCGUCACUCUCGAAACUGCUGUUGCGGUUGCAGGCGCCACCAAUGACGAAUUACUCCAAAGAUCUCUUGAGCUGUGGGGUAUUGUCGAGAUGAUGGAUCGUGAACGUCAGUGGACCAUGCUAGCAAAGGAGCCAAAGGACGAUGCUAAAGGUUAUUGGGUUAAGGACGAUACCGAUAGCGAGGCCUACACCAACAUCUGCAUGCAGCUCACAGCAGCAGCCGAGCGUAAAGCUUCCGCCGCUAGCAAGAAUCUACUUGGUAGCAUUCAGCGCAGUCUACAGGAUGGUAAGAUGAAGCUUGGGUUCCCCAUGUUUCUCACAGUAAUGCUAUUCCUUAAUUGUAUGGAGAAAACUACUUGGGCAUUCAAGGCAUGGGAUGAGGAGAAUCUCCGACCGAAGUGGCCAUUGGAGAAGCCACCCAGCCACUUCACCACCCAAGGACAGGGACUUACGGAGCUUUUGAAGAUGUUGCUUAACAUUCGACAUAUUCUUCCCAAGACUGUCCCUACUGGUCCUAACUCCCCUAUUAUCGCUGAUGAAAGUGACCUGACCAUUCAAAACUACUUCCAUCAUUUGAACGUUACUCCAAGCUAUUUACACACACGUCGUGACCAGAACAACUUUCAGCCAACCGAUUCGCGUUCACUAGAGUUCCUGUUCUGCGCACCUCUCCUACUCCAAUAGAGUAAUCCCAAUUAUCUUCCUUUUUUUCAGUCCCGCAUACAACGCAAAGGGCUGAAAUAGGACACGCCACAUUCCCCAAAAUGACUAUUGUAUAAAGCCACGGACGUCCAUAGCACUCGGAGUUUUCACAUCCUUACAUAAACAUAGGAGUUUCCCCGAAAGAAAAUACGAAUCACGACUAUAGACAUGCACAUGGUGUAUGUACGAUCACACGAUCAAUCAUAAGACACCUCUCACUUCAGACAUCCACAUACUUCACCACGCACACGACAAUCUACAUAUAAGGUUUCCAACA